CGGAAACAGAUACUCCCUGUCACUUGCUUGUCUAUGAUCUCGAGCUCUUUUCCGUCUUUCUUCGUUUACCGAUUCGGAGGUUAGAAACAUGACUCGCAAACGCCGUAAUGGAGGACGCGCCAAGCACGGCCGUGGCCACGUGAAGGCCGUCAGAUGCACCAACUGCGCCCGAUGUGUGCCGAAGGACAAGGCUAUCAAGAAGUUCGUCAUUAGGAAUAUUGUCGAAGCUGCCGCCGUGAGAGAUAUCAACGAAGCCUCCGUAUAUGCCUCAUUCCAGCUCCCCAAGUUAUAUGCUAAGCUCCACUACUGCGUGUCGUGCGCAAUCCACAGCAAGGUGGUGCGCAACAGGUCGAAGAAGGACAGACGCAUCCGGACACCACCCAAGAGCAACUUCCCCCGGGACAUGUCUCGCCCACAAAAUGUACAGAGGAAGUAAAGCUUUGUAAUAAAUAAGUGAAAACCCAAA